UCACCAGGCGUCCUAGCGGGAAUUUGACAGUUUGGAAACUGGAGUUUGAAUUCAGAAAAGCGGAUUUUUCUCACCGACCUGUUGGUUAAACCCGGUGUUGGUUUUUCUGCGGACUGGUGAGCGGUGGUUCAUCAUGUCGAGCAGAAAGCGGCCGUCCAACCCUCAGAGCGCCUCUCAGCCCAGAAGGCAAACCGGCGGCUCGGCGGCUCAGGAGGAGGACGACGACGUGGCCUUCACCCAGCCGAGCACGUCUCAGGUCCAGAGAGGCCUGGAGAAGGUCACGGAGGCUCAGGUGGACCAGAAGAGCGCUGAGGUGGUGCAGUACUUCCUGCUGAAGGACCAGAAGAAGGUUCCUGUCCGUCGAGCAGAUCUGGUGAAACAUGUGGUGAAGGAGCACAGGAACAUCUACCCAGAGAUCAUAAAGAGAGCAGCUCGGACCCUGGACCAGGUGUUCGGCCUCAAACUGGUUGAAAUCGACCCCAAGAACCACAUGUACAUUCUGGUCAACAACCUGGAGACGAGUGGAGACGCUUCCCCGACCACCCGCCCCACCGACCCAAAGAGAGGCCUGCUGUUCGUGAUCCUCAGCGUGAUCUUCAUGAAGGGAGGCGUCGUCAGAGAAAACGUCGUCUGGAACACGCUGAAGAAGCUCCGCGUGGACCCCGGGGAGAAGCACGACGAGUUCGGAGACGUGAAGAAGGUGGUCACGGACGAGUUCGUGCGUCAGAGGUACCUGGAGUUCCAGCGGAUCCCUCACACCGAGCCGGUGGAACACGAGUUCCGCUGGGGUCAGCGGGCCGAAGCCGAAGUGUCCAAGGCCAAGAUCCUGGAGUUCAUGGGUCAGCUUCACGACCGGGACCCCCAGAGCUGGACUCAGCAGUACAAAGAAGCCCACUCCAGCCAGAACUCCAGCCAGCAGGCCGGCGGCAGCAGCCAGAGAUGACCGGAGCAGCUCCACACUCGACCCGCCUUCAGUCUAUUUAUUCUGGGUCAAAGAGGCGCUGCAGCGGUCCGGUCGGGUCACUUCUGAGCCUCAUCAGUACAGCAGAUAGACACAUGACAUUUAGGAGGAAGAACACAUCUGAGUUCUGGUAGAACCUGACACCAGAUCAG